AUGAACUAUAGUCAUGAUUAUCUUGCUGUAAAUCUGAUUAAAGACAACAACAGCCUGCCUGCUUCAGAAAAGAUGAAGAAAGAUGAUUUUGAGAUUGUGAUGUUCUCUAAUAAGAAUAAUGAGAAGAAUGGUGAGAAGAACAAUAAUUAG